UUCAGAGACAAACAUGAAGAUACUGAGGAACAAACAGACCUGAUGGCACUGAAAGAGAAGAGUGAAGUACUGAAUGAGAUGGAAGAGAAAGAUCGUGAAUUCAUAAAUGGAGAAAAAUCUUUUUGUUGUUCACAGACUGAAAAGUCUUCCUCAAGAAAAAGGGCUCAAAAGACAGGAGGACGUUAUUUCACCUGUCAACAGUAUGGAAAGGGUUUCAGUCAAACAGAAAGUAUUAAAAGACACAUGAGUAUUCACACAGGAGAGAAGCUAUACGCAUGCCAACAGUGUGGAAGGAGUUUUACUCACCCUGGACACCUUGGAGUCCACAUGAGAGUUCACACUGGAGAGAAGCCUUAUGCCUGCCAACAAUGUGGAAAGCAUUUCAGUCAUAGAGUAAGUCUUAAAAGACACAUUAGAAUUCACACAGGAGAGAAGCCGUACACAUGCCAACAGUGUGGAAGGAGUUUCACUCAACCUGGACACCUUGGAGCCCACAUGAGUGUUCACACUGGAGAGAAGCCUUACAAAUGCCAACAGUGUGGAAGAAGUUUCAACCGGAAAGGAAAUCUAAGUUGCCAUAUGAGAAUUCACUAUGGAGAGCACCCUUACAAAUAUGAUCAGUGUGGAGAGAGUUUUGAUCAACAUGACAUCCUUGAAGUCCACAUGAGAACUCGUAGAGAGAAACCCUACAUAUGCCCUGAGUGUGGAAAGUGGUUUAAUCAUAAAGGACGCUUUGAAGACCACAUAAGAAUUCACACUGGAGAGAAGCCUUUCACCUGCCAGCAAUGUGGAAAAUGUUUCCGCCAAAAAGGAAACCUUGACAGGCACAUGACCGUUCACACUGGAGAGAAGCCGUUUAUAUGUGGUCACUGCGGAAAGAGUUACGGAUAUCGAGCAGGACUUAAGUACCACAUGAGGUUUCACAUAUGAGAGAACUGUAUUUCUACGUUAUCAGUGUGACAUGAGUCAUAUAAUAACACCAGAGAGAAGCCUUUGCUGUGCCAUCAUCACUGUGGAAAGAUUUGCAGAAACGACAAUCUUGAGGUUCACAGAAGCAUCACUAAGCACGGUUUCCAUUACCCUUUAAAUUGCGCAAAUUGAAAUUGCGAAUUGAAAAUACGCGUCAAUUUCGCAAAAA